AAUAUUCCAGUCCGUCAGAUCCCAGUUUACAUCUUCUCGCUGCUGUCCACAUCUCUCUCUCCUCGCCCUCGGUUCCGCUAUCAGAUCAGGAGAAGCAAAAACGAACAGUGUCUUGGAGUUUGAAGUAUGGGUGUGGAACAAAACAAUCACGAUGCAGAGGAGGGAACGCUGGAGAUUGGCAUGGAAUAUAGAACAGUCUCUGGAGUUGCUGGUCCCUUGGUAAUUCUGGAAAAAGUCAAGGGUCCUAAAUUUCAGGAGAUUGUUAAUAUUCGUCUAGGAGAUGGAACAACCAGGCGUGGUCAAGUCCUGGAAGUUGAUGGGGAGAAAGCUGUUGUCCAGGUAUUUGAAGGAACAUCUGGAAUUGAUAACAAGUACACAACUGUGCAAUUUACUGGAGAGGUUUUGAAAACUCCAGUCUCCUUGGACAUGCUUGGGCGUAUUUUUAAUGGUUCUGGAAAACCCAUUGAUAAUGGUCCUCCUAUCUUGCCCGAGGCUUACUUGGAUAUUUCUGGGAGUUCAAUAAACCCUAGCGAGAGAACUUAUCCCGAAGAGAUGAUACAGACUGGAAUUUCUACAAUUGAUGUCAUGAAUUCCAUUGCUAGAGGACAAAAGAUCCCACUUUUCUCAGCUGCAGGUCUUCCUCACAAUGAAAUAGCUGCCCAGAUAUGUCGUCAGGCUGGCUUGGUAAAGCGGUUGGAGAAAUCUCAUGAUCUUCUCGAGGGGGGCGGUGAAGAGGACAACUUUGCCAUUGUUUUUGCCGCUAUGGGUGUUAACAUGGAGACUGCUCAGUUUUUUAAACGUGAUUUUGAGGAAAAUGGUUCAAUGGAGAGAGUGACCCUAUUUCUGAACCUGGCUAAUGAUCCUACAAUCGAGCGUAUUAUCACUCCUCGAAUUGCUCUUACCACCGCUGAAUAUUUGGCUUAUGAAUGUGGGAAGCACGUUCUUGUCAUAUUGACAGAUAUGAGUUCUUAUGCUGAUGCUCUUCGAGAGGUGUCUGCUGCACGAGAGGAAGUACCUGGAAGGCGUGGAUACCCUGGUUACAUGUAUACUGAUCUUGCUACAAUCUAUGAACGUGCUGGACGUAUUGAAGGACGCAAAGGAUCCAUCACUCAGAUUCCAAUUCUCACUAUGCCAAACGAUGAUAUUACGCAUCCUACUCCCGAUCUUACUGGCUAUAUUACUGAGGGACAGAUCUACAUUGAUAGGCAGCUCUACAACAGACAGAUAUACCCACCAAUUAACGUCCUUCCUUCGUUGUCUCGGCUUAUGAAGAGUGCUAUUGGUGAGGGAAUGACCCGUAGGGAUCAUGCUGAUGUAUCCAACCAGCUCUAUGCAAAUUAUGCCAUUGGGAAGGAUGUUCAGGCAAUGAAAGCCGUGGUCGGAGAAGAAGCGCUCUCGUCUGAGGAUCUGCUCUAUUUGGAGUUUUUGGACAAAUUCGAGAGGAAGUUUGUCAGUCAAGGAGCUUACGACACUCGAAAUAUCUUCCAGUCACUUGAUCUGGCAUGGACACUGCUUCGCAUUUUCCCCCGCGAACUUCUCCACCGUAUACCCGCAAAGACUCUCGACCAGUUUUACAGUCGAGAAUCUGCAAACUGAUCGACGAGGAAACGAGAGCUCUUAUACCCGUAAGAGGCCUCCGCGUAGAUAGAUCAUAAUGAGCUUUGAGAAACGUUGUUUCCAGUCUCCUCCCCUUCUCCAUAUUGCAUAUUCAGAGUGAAAAAUAAGAAAGUUGUGUUUGAUCUCACAGUUCAGCCUCUUUUCCAAAUCCAAGCAAAAGUCAGAAAUGGACAUCCAGCUCUUCCAAUGUGUCUGUAUUAUGUUUAAUUAUUUUGUUGGAUUGUGGCAAUCUUUCUGCUUUGGGAAUGCCUCAGCAACUAUUAGGGCUUCUAGAAUUCUAGACAAGGCCCUAUCCAAAUUCUGCUUCUUGUCUAUUUAUUAUAUUAUUAUAUUUUGUAUUCUGAACAGUUUUGAAAUUUUCUCAACUAUUCAGUUUGCUAUUUUUAUGAAUAUCCCCAUGCGUUUG